AUGUCGAAUUCGAACCUGGAACCAUUACCCUUUAGAAGGGCAUUCGGAGGACCAGGCACGAGCACUAAUUCAGGCAGUCGCACUCUAGCUGAUUUGGCAGCUGCUGUGUCAGCUCCAACAGAUGAGGAUGCUUUUGUAGAUGUAACAGGUCUCGCUAAAGUGAGGCAAAUCGUAACGGGUGCGUGCCGAAAAUGCGGCUACCCUGGGCAUCUUCCAUUUCAGUGUCGGAACUACAUUCAAUUAAAACCUGGCCAGUCGACUGUCAUUGAUGUAAGCUCAACCAGCAGCGAAAGCGACGCAGAAACACCUCUCGGUAAAGUAUUUUACCCGAAUCAUGAUAGUUCUGACGACGAAAACGACCGCCAUAGCAGAAAGAAAUCCAGGAAAAGAAGGAGGCACUCAAGUAGUUCCUCUGAGGAUGAUAAAAAAUCGAAGAAGAAGAAAAAGCAUUAA